UUUGUUUAAACAGGUUACUGUUAUUUUUAGGAAAUUUUUAUGUACUGUAAAUCUUAAUAUAAGUUCAAAAAGACUCUUAUAGUAUGAGCUUCAAACGUAAUGAUAAGAAGCAAGAAUUUAGUGACAACUUUAACAACAACCAUAACUCGAGUGAAAAUUCACCAAGUCUUGUGGAAACUGAUGAAAUGACUACAGAUGAAGAAGCCAUUGUGUGGCAAGAAUCAAGACAGGUUGUUGAUGCCUAUCUCAAAAGAAGUUUGAGCCAAAAUGCAAAAAGCUCCCUCACUAUAAUGAAACCUGAAGGUUAUCACAAACUUAAGAAAGAUGGCCGCCUUCCCUUUUACCAACGACAGCAAAGCCGGCCGGAACAAGGUAGUUUGGUAAGAACUUCGAACCAGGAGGAUAAAAGACACCGUUCGAGUGUGCCUGCUAAAAAUAUCACUCCUAAAACUACACUACCAUCUCGGUCUUCAAUGAAUGAACUAUCAAGUCAUGGAAGAAGAAUCGUUGAUCCACUUUAUGAAGUUUCACGAUCUGUUACUGAUAUAAAUGAUGACAUUGACAUGCCCAUUGAAGAUGGCAUCAUGAAGAAAUUGAUUGACUCCGAGCAUUCCUUGGAAUAUGUACCUUCAUCUGACUCACUGCCAAGCACAAGUGGUGAAGGGAACACAAUAACGAGAAGAAAAAGUUUCACAAAAGCCACGAGAAAGUCGGUUAUUAGCAUGAUUGAAAAUCAAAAGCGAAGAGAGAGACAGAAUUCUUCAUACCAACAACAACAACAACAACAACAAGUGCAUUUUACAUCCAAAACACCAGAUCCUAUCAGAAAGACUUUAAGUGUAAAGUCACGCAAGUCAUCUCUCGGUGAAUUGCAUUAUCACGAGUUCUCCAAAGAGGAGCAGGAUGGUUUAAAGAGAGAAACAGGAGGAAAUGAGGAGAGGAAAGUGGUGGAGAAGAAGAUUAGCUUCCGGGAUCGAAUGAAGAGAAUAAUGGGAGGACCUUCAAAUAAAAAGAAACUACGUUAUAAAAACUCGUUCAAACAACGUCAGACGUCCGUAGAAGAAAACAAAAAAUCCGCAGACAAAUCAUCAUCUGGAAGCAACCAAGGAUUCGACUUCGGUUCGUCGUCGUCUAAGCAGCCGUCACGUGAAAGAACGCCUUCGCCAAGUAAAAUGAAAGGCAGUAGCACCCCAAACGUGUUAAGAAGUCUAUCUAUGCUUAACCGGUCUUCCCCAAAGAUGAAACGUCAAACAAUGCCGACUUCAACCUCGUCUUCAAGCUUUGCCGCAUAUUCUACGCUCGAAACGAAUGACCUAUCCAAGACCAAGUCGGGCAGCUUGCCAUCCACCGCGCGACUCGGUGUGAAUUUCGAAAGGAAUGAGUCAAUGGGAAGACGACACUCCACCGAUCUAUCGCCAAAGUCAGACGAUAAGCGUUCGUCACCGGCAAGGCCGCAGCAUCUGGAUUUACAUAAGAAACAAAAAGGUGGAAAAUUAAGGAAAUUAUUUAAAUUUAUGCGAAGAAGACAUGACUCCGAAUCGUCUAAUUCGUCGAGGUCGCUGCCGUCUAUUCCUGCUGCUGUUGAAGACGAGGCUAAAGAAGCGCGACUAAAAGAACCGACGAGAACGGUGACGUCACAAUCUAAAAACGAUGACGUAGUUGAUGGUGAAAGUCCAGCGAUGUCAUUGGACGGCGACGCACCGUACCACCAUCGGGGCUCGUUAUCUUUUUCUUCGGGAGACUUAGACAGGCUAAGCGUGCCGGAGCGACAGGAAAUAUACGAUGAAAUAGCUGAAACUUUACAAAGGAUAGCGGAGAAAUAUAAUCGACACGUACAGAGCCGUUCAUCAACACCGGGCAGUAGAUUGGUGACACCGGAGUCUUCGUUUUCUUCACAAGACUACAGGAUAAUGAAGGCGAAAUCCGACCCAGUAACGCGUCAGAGCUCUGGCUCGUCCACACAAAGUUACUCCGUGAAGAAAUCCUUCCGUAAAUAUAAAGACGAUUCGCAAAGAGCUUUGACCGCUUACAUGAACAUGUCUGCUGAAAGGAGCCGAACCUCACGCACCAACGUUCCUUUGUCGCAAAAACUUGCAGCAAAAAUGCCGAGGCAAACUCCUGUACGCCGUCAUACACACCACACUCAAACCGGAUCGUUUGAUUCCCCAUACAACAAGCAUAAAGUGUCUCUACACCGAGCAUCUGACACUCCAGCUUUUUCACUCACUCGAGCCACAAAUGACGUAGUCGACGGGAAAGUCCCUAGUGACGUAACGGACAACGGUGACAGCACGAAACCCGAUGAAGACUUUCACCCAGCUUUUACUGUAGAAUCGGCAUCUACUGCCGGGAAAGUACCUGCUGGUGAUGUUCUUAAGCUCCCACGACGAUACAGCGAAUCUCCUACACGUCAUGGGAGUGACGUAGACGAUCCGUCAUAUUUCCAGCAAUAUGAAAACCAAGCAAGCGCUGGGACGAGUAGAAGGCUGAGUGAAGGCGAACGAGAUAUUGACGAAGAUAAACUGGUCAACCAACUUGUGCAAGCGUUGAUUGAGAAAGGCGAAUAUUUUACCGACUCAAUUGACUUGCCAGCAACACCAGCGAGUCCAGCAUUUCGUGACAUCUUAACACGUUAUAUGAUGGGCGUAUCGUACACACACUUUCAGCAGAUGGCUACGACAUUCUGCCGAAGUAUGCAAGCUUUGGUUGAAACGCCGUCUACAAGUCGAUCCGAAGUUUUUCCCGUGGUGAUGGUGUUAAACAUGACACGUAUGGUAGUCGAUAUUGUGGUCGCCGACAACGCACGGCAAGCUGUCGAUAAUAUUCUUAAUUUCUCAACACGGUUCGUCACACAACUUGUACAGGAGACAGGGCAAUCAUGGCGCACCAUAUUACAACAAUUACACGAUACUGAAGAAGAACUCAUCGAAGCUGACACCCCGGUUGCCCAGGCAACAGGGGGAGUUCCCCAUCCCCAGGGUUCCCCAAGAAAAUCCCCUCGAGUUCCGGGAACCGACGAUGAACUGGACUAGAUAUACUGUGAAUUGGUUUAUGCUGCUUCAAAUCCGAGGGCUGGUCCCUUUGUUGUCAUGACAACGUGGAUGUAAAAAUAACAAGACUACCCGCAGCUGCAAUCACCGUAAGAAGUCAGUAGAGAGCAAAUUCAUCAAAUUUAAAAUUCUUUAACGCACAUAAUUUGAUUUAAUGAUUUCCGGACUUUUAGAUUUUAUCCACUCCGUCAACAGAUUUAAUUGCUGUUUUAAACUGAUAAAGGCGUGUAGCAUACUAUGUUUUACUGAACCAUCGUGGUUUGGGUACCUAUUCCUUUGUUUUAUUUAUUUCGCGGUACUUCGCUACUUCAAACUUUCCUGCUGCGUCCUGUGACUUUUCCUUUUGUACUUUAUUUAUUUCCACUUUCCUGAGCGUUCGCUCGAAGCCAACUUUUUACUUGAUUUUUGUGCAAGAUAUUUAUCUCGUGUUUUCCUGUUCCAGCGGUGCUACCGUCGCAUAAAUUUCUACCCAUGUUCAAUCAAUCCUUUGUGUGCACUGUGUGCUGGUUCCAUCAUUGUGCUUUGUAUUAAAAGUUGCUUCCUCCA